AUGACGGUGAUGGGUCACCAACAGACCAAGUUGAAAUACAGUCCUCCCACUAGGUGUUCACUUCUUUUUACCACCCCUCUUCAACCCGCCUUCAACCCAUCUCCCUCUCAGUCUAUCCAUCAUCUCUUCCCCCUCACCCUGCCUUCUCCCCCCUCCUUCACUUACCCUUCCCUCCUUCACCCAGCCCCUCUCUUGGUCAACCAACCCAUCCUCCACCCAACACCUCCUUCACUCACCAUCCCCUCCCUCCUUCACACAGCUCCUCCCUCCUUCACCCAGCUCCUCUCGGUCAACCAACCCAUCCUUCACCCAACACCUCCUUCCUUCACCCAUCCCCUCCCUCCCUCACCCAGCCCUCCUCUCACCCAGCUCCUCCCUUUCUUCACCCAGCUCCUCCUUCUUUCACCCAGCUCCUCCCUCCUUCACCCAGCUCCUCUCGGUCAACCAACCCAUCCUUCACCCAGCUCCUCCCUCCUUCACCCAGCUCCUCCUCGGGUCAACCAACCCAUCCUUCACCCAGCUCCUCCUUUCUUCACCAAGCUCCUCCCUUCUUCACCCAGCUCCUCUCGGGUCAACCAACCCAUCCUUCACCCAGCUCCUCCCUUCUUCACCAAGCUCCUCCCUUCUUCACCCAGCUCCUCUCGGUCAACCAACCCAUCCUUCACCCAGCUCCUCCCUCCCUCACCCAGCUCCUCUCGGUCAACCAACCCAUCUUUCACCCAGCUCCUCCCUUCUUCACCCAGCUCCUCUCGGUCAACCAACCCAUCCUUCACCCAACACCUCCCUCCUUCACCCAGCUCCUCACCCAGCUCCUCCCUCCUCCUCACCCAGCGCCCUCCCUCCUUCACCCAGCUCCCUCCUCACUCAACCAACUCCAUCCUUCACCCAGCUCCUCCCUCCUUCACCCAGCUCCUCCCUCCUCCUUCACCCAGCCCCUCCUCGGGUCAACCAACCCAUCUCUUUCACCCAGCUCCUCCCUCCUUCACCCAGCUCCUCCUUCCUUCACCCAGCUCCUCCCUCCUUCACCCAGCCCCCUCCCUCCUUCACCCAGCCCUCCCCUUGGUCAACCAACCCAUCCUCCACCCAGCACCUCCCUUCACUUUACCCAUCCCCUCCCUCCUUCACCCAGCUCCUCCACCCAGUCCCCCUGGUCAACCAAACCAUCCUUCACCCAACACCUUCACUCUACCAUCCCUCCCUCCUUACCCAUCCCUUCCUUCCCUUCACCCAGCCCCUCCUCUCCCUUCACUCACCAUCCCUCCCUCCUUCACCCAGCUCCUCCCUCCUUCACCCAGCCCUCUCGGUCAACCAACCCAUCCUUCACCCAACACCUCCCCUUCCUUCACCCAUCACCUCCCUCCUUCACCCAUCCCUCCCUUUCUUCACCCAGCUCCUCCCUCCUUCACCCAGCUCCUCGUCAACCAACCCAUCCUUCUCACCCAACACCUCCUUCCUCACCCAUCCCUCCCUCCUUUCACCCAUCCCUCCUUCCUUCACCCAGCCCUCCCUCCCUUCACUCACCAUCCCUCCCUCCUUCGCCCAGCUCCUCCUCCUUCACCCAGCCCCUCUCGGUCAACCAACCCAUCCUUCACCAACACCUCCUUCCUUCACCCAUCACCUCCCUCCUUCACCCAUCCCUCCCUUCUUCACCCAGCUCCUCCCUCCUUCACCCAGCUCCUCUCUCGGGUCAACCAACCCAUCCUUCACCCAACACCUCCUUCACCCUCACCUCCCUCCUUCAUCCAUCCUCCCUUCACCCAGCUCCUCCCUCCUUCACCCCAUCCCUCCUCACCAUCCAACCCUCCUUCACCCAGCCCCUCCUUCACUCACCCAUCCCUCCCUCCUUCACCCAUCCCCUCCUUCCUUCACCCAGCCCCUCCCUCCCUUCACUCACCAUCCCUCCACUCCUUCACCCAGCUCAUCCCUCCUUCACCCAGCCCCUCUCGGUCAACCAACCCAUCCUUCACCCAACACCUUCCUUCACCCAUCACCUCCCUCCUUCACCCAUCCCCUCCCUUCUUCACCCAGCUCCUCCCUCCUUCACCCAGCUCCUCUCGGUCAACCAACCCAUCCUUCACCCAACACCUCCUUCACUCACCCAUCCCCUUCCUCCUUCACCCAUCCCCUCCUUCCUUCACCCAGCCCCUCCCUCCCUUCACUCACCACCAUCCCUCCCUCCUUCACCCAGCUCCUCCCCUCCUUCACCCAGCCCCUCUCGGUCAACCAACCCAUCCUUCACCCAACACCUCCUUCCUUCACCCAGCCCCCUCCCUCCUUCACCCAUCCCUCCCUUCUUCACCCAGCUCCUCCCUCCUUCACCCAGCUCCUCUCUCGGUCAACCAACACCUCCUUCACCCAACACCUCCUUAG